AUGAUCGAGAAUGGCGCGAUACAGACAAAGCGUAAAAUUUCCACUUCAAGUGCAUCAACUAUCAUCGAAAGAGAUUUCUCACGGUUCGCUCAUUCCAAACAACAGAUUACGAGAGAAACCCUUUUUCGAAAAUUAUAUAAAAACAUUGGAAAUAACGAGCAGACAUGUUAUAACUAUACUUUGCGGCCUAGAGGUGAUGGAUUAUUAGGUAGAUAUAGGCUAAGAUUGACAAAUUUGACCUCUGGGAGUUUGAAAAAUUUUAGAGAAAAUAAUUUUUUUUCUUUAGGCCAAAUUAACGUCGAUGAUAAAGCAAUAAAUUACUUGAGUUCAAAUAAUUUGAGUGUCCAAUCGAACGUUUUUUCGAUGUCCACCACAGAUUAUCAUGACAACAGCCCAAGGACCGCUCCAGUGCAAUUAUCUAACUUCCGUACCACUAUGUGCACAGCAUGUGCCGGUCAUAAAGCUAAAUACGCAAACAACAAAUUUGAUUACAGUUUUUCAAAUAUAAAAUCAUUUUCCAUCCCCAAAAUAUCUGUGCGGACAAGUCCAUUACUAAUUUCUACUUGCAUGCCUGUUGGACGUCAUAGCAUAGAAGCCGAGAAAUUUCCAACUGAAAAUCAUAUCGAAACAAAUUUAAAUAAUGUAAAAAAAACCGUAUCUCGUUGCACAGUUCACAAAAAUAAUGCUGUUGGCAAUGAUGACAAAAUGUUUUCUGAAAAAUGUGAAGAAAAUUCAAAUCCUGUAAUUAUCAAUAAACUAGCAAAUGACGAUCAAUUAAAAAAUUAUAUGAACAGCAAUAAUAUAAAAAAAAUACUUAAUUCUAACAUACACAACAAUAAAGUUGUGGCAACAAAUUUACUUGAGAAAAACACAAAGAAAAGUAAAAGCCAAAAACGUUAUUUAAAAAAACAAAUGAAAAAAGCUAAGACUGAACAUAGAAAUAUUUCUAAUUUUAAAGAUAGAACAAAAGUUAUAAAGGGAAAACGAAAAAAAACAAAAUCAAGGAAAAGAUUAUCCGAAAGAGUUUUAUCAAAAUCUUCAUCAAAACAUUUACAAAAAUUAAAAAUGAAUAAUGAUCAAAAGGGUUCCGACAAAGAAAAACGGACAUAUGGUCAUUUAGUCAAUCACGUUGGCUCAAUAAGUGAUUUGUUAUCAAAAGAUUUUCUUCAAAUCCACAAACUGCUCAACGAAAUUGAAAAUAAACGCGAAUUUAAACAAGUUAAGGUCACACAAAUGCUUUCUCACGAUCCAGGAAGAAUGUUAUUAAAAGACAUGGAUGAUAUUGAUUCUCUGCUUGAUGACAUGUACGAUUUCAGGGAUCAUAAAUGUGCUGUAUUAAAUAAAAUCAUGACAAUGCAGGCACGAAAGGAUAAAGAGAUGGCAAAACUGCAAACUGAUUGGAACAAGGCGGCCAACAAUAACAGAAAUCAACACAACGACAAAGAUAAUUUUAGUCAAAUUAAUAACAAUAAUAUUCUAGAUGAAGUGGAGUGGGAAUGUAGAAAAAACGCUGAGGAGCUUAAUCAAGUUUUUUAUUUUGUAGAUAACAUUAGACGAAACAAAAUGUUUUUGCUCCAAAUAGAGAAAAAUAAAAUAAUGGAUAAACAAACCAACAAUGAAACUUACUGGUACAAAAAAACACAAAAGAACUUGGAGAAACCAGGCAAAAUAAAAGAAAAAUAUAUUACACAGUUAAGUACUAACUCCGAUUUUAACAAUCAAAUAAAUUUUAAUCUAAAUAAAUAUUCAGACGAAAAAGUUAGUGAACGAAAAGAAUGUCACCAUGAUAAAUAUUCUGAGUCAAAUAACCAAUCCGUAAAUAAAGCUCUCUAUCAGCAAAAUUUAAAGAAUUCCUUACAAAAAGAAAAACCUGAAAGUAGUCAUGAAAAGCAUUUCGUAAAAAUGUCUGAUUUUACAUGCCAGUGCAAAUCAAGUGUUGAUACGGGUGUCGACGAAAGCUAUUUAAAACAGGCACUUGAAUUUUAUAAUAUUUGGGCGAAGCCAUUAGAACUUACUGAAACAUUUACUGAUUGUUUUUUCGAGCGAAUAACUAUGAUUUCUCCAAAUAACAAUAAUUGUAACGAAAUACUUCUUACUGUAUCAAAAGAGAGUCUGAUUAAAAAUGUUGCACUCACACCGAACAGACCCACAACGCAAACGACAUGUACAGCAAAAGACGAACAAAAAACAGGCGAAUGUUCAACAUGCGAUCUCAAUGGCUACGUUGGAGAGAAAACAGAUGGUUUUGACAACGUGCAUGGCGGUUUUGGCUAUGGAGAACGGAAUGAAGAUGAGAACCGCAUCCUUGAGUUUGCUGAAAGUCACGGGUUUUGUUUACUGAACACAUAUUUUAGAAAAAAGUUGGAACAUCUCAUAACAUAA